GCUGACAGGGUAGGGAAAAAGGCAAGUAAUAAGACUGCUUACUGUAGCCCUUGCUUGUGGCUGUAGAGGGAGGUGUUUCCUUUUCUGAAGAGCCUCCCUUCCAAAGCCCUAAAUGGCGACGCGGUCUGACAGGAAUGAAGAAUAACUGAAACCUAUUGGAGAGUCACUUCACCGCUGGAGGCUACGCAAAUCUUCUUUCCUUUAUCCACCACCCACACUGUGUACAGCCUCUCCUACCCUCACACCUCAGGUGAAGGUGAAAUCAGAGAAUGAUCAGCAACUUGCUCGUGUUGCCAACUUCAUCAUGAAUUUUAAGACUACAGAUAAUCUGACUCUACUUGGAUUAUCUAAGCCUUAAAUAUUAACCACCAGAGGAUUUGCUCUAUUUAUCCAUCCUGAGACAUGGCACAAUCAUUUAAUCUUUUUCAACAAGAUCCUACUGUGACAUCCUCUCCUACUGAAGUUCGUGUGUGGAUAGAAGAAUUGAAUUAUAAUUUUAUGAUAUAUGGAGAACACUUUGAAAGAGCAAAAAUCAAUGGGGAGAAGCUACUUAACAUUACUCGGCAAAAACUUAAUGAACUUGGCAUAAUACAGACUGACCACCAGGACAUCAUAUUAAAAGAGGUUGCUAAUAUUAAUAAAAAGAAUAAAGUUGAAAGGCAAGAUAUGCCAGGAGAAGAUCAGAAUGACAAAAAGAUGCCUACAAGAUUCAAAAACCAAAGUGAACAUCUUGAGCAUGCUAUUGAUUGUGUUCUUGUCAUGAUAUCGGAAAGAAGAAGGGCCCGUAUUCUACAUGGCAUUAAUGAACAAUCACCUCAUAACAUUCUAACAGCUACUCUUGAACUGAUAAAUGUGGUCAAGAUGAUACUAAACAUUCUGGAAAGGCCUCCAUUUGAUUGUAUGUCAGAAUUUUCCAGUUUGAAAAGCCAACUAAUUAAAUGCAUCACAUUACUGAAGCAUUUCUCUGAGCAGUCUUACCUCAGCCAUGAAAUGGAAUCAGAUAUGAUAGAUGUGUGCAAGAGUGUGAAUAAAAUCUGUCACUACAUAUUUGCUCUGCCACCUGAUCUCACAAGAAUGGAAACACAAAUUCUAUCAUUCCUUACCCCUGAAAAUAAAGUAUCUAGGAUGCAAGUGCCAAUAACUACAACUAAUUCAUCAAGUGAACUUAUAUUCUCACUUCAAGAUGUGUCCCUUCCAAUUGAAAUAGUACCAGAAAAAUUUGAAUAUUUUUCCCCAGAAAGGCUCAACACUCCAAGUAAUGAAGGAGCAAUUGUGAUAUCACAUGAUGAAGGAAGAAAGUCUGAAACAGAAGCUUCUGAUACAAAAAUUUCUGAAAUUUCAACGGGUUCUUUGGACUAUAAAAGUCUCCAAGACCUAAAAAUAAUUGAAAGUGACACCCCCUUGCUGGAAUCUGGCUCUGAAAGAUGUGUGAUUGAUUCUGACUCUGAUAGAGGCAUUGGUUUGGACUCUGACUUGGAACAGCACUCAAAAGACUCUGAUUCAAUAAUAUGGGAAAUGGACUCAGACUCAGAAAAACGUCUCAUGGACUCAAACUCUGUGAAACAACUACAACAAGCAGAAAAAUACCAGGUGGCUUCAAGUUCUAUGAAAGACCUGAUGGAGUCAGAGCAACAGCUAGUGGGAGUUGAACAAUGCCAGAUGGACUCUGACUCUUUUGAACACUGGAUGGACUCAGAUUCAGAAAAAUGUUUGGCAGACUCUGACUCUGAAAAAUAUGGGUUGAACUCAGACAGUGAAAGACCUGAGAUGGAUUCAGACUCAGAAAAAUCCCCUAUGGCUUCUGCAUCUGUGAAACACCCGCUAAAGGCAGAAAAAUGUCAAAUAGCUUCAGAUUCUGUAAAAAGCCUGAUGGAAUCUCCGAAAAUGUUGAUGGAGACCAAACAACACUGGAUGCUCUCUGCUUCUGAGAGGUAUGUGAUAGACUCAGACAUGGAUAGAGAUGAAAUGGACUCAGCUUCUGCAUCGUCAGUAUGUCUGAUGGGGGAAGAAAAACACCAGGAAAAGAUAAGAUCUAAGAGAUAUAUAAUGGAAUCUGAUUCUGAACCAUGUGAGAUGGACUCAGACUCAGAAAGAUAUGGGCUAGCCUCAACAGCUGUGAAAUGUGUCAUGGAUGCUAAAACAUUCCAGUUCAGCACUGAUACUGAGGGAUGCAGGAUGGAUUCUUGGUCAGAAAGACAUACGAAUGACUUAGAUUCUGAAAGCCCAGAGAUGGUCUCUGAUUCAGUGAAACACACAAUUAAGGCUGAAAAUUGCCAGAGGGCCUCUGACUUGGAAAGUUUAUGGAUGGGCCUCAGGUUUGAAUCUAAAAGAUGCUGGACUGACUCUGAAAGACAAAAAUUGAACUUUGACUAUGGUAGAUGUUGGGAUAGCUCUGGAAGAUAUCAAUUCAGGUCUGAAAGAAUUCAGCAUAGCUCUGGAAAAUGUAGGGAUGACCCUCAAAAACGUUGGGAUAGCUUUGAAAGACAUCAAAUAGACCCCAAUUCUGGAAAAUAUCUAGCAGAUUCUGAAAAUAAAAGACAUAAAAAUGAGUUUGAAAGUGAAAGACUUAUGAUGGAUAUGGCGAAGGAACAGUGUCUGAUAUUUGAAAAUAAGAGACUUCAAACAGAUGAAGACAAGAAAAGGUAUCUCAUAACAUCUGACAGUGAACAAGAGCACAAGAUUGUAUUUCACAAUGAAAGACACCCCGUUUACUCAGAAAAUGAAGCACAAAGGCUUGGUGCUCGCAAGAAGGAUAAUCGUCCUCAGGGUUUUUGGAGGCCUGUGUUCUUGUCAUCUCCAUUUAGCCAAAGAAAGAGAACUGAAGAACAAAAGUCUGUACAACAAAUUGAUAACAGAGCAAUUUCCAGAAUUCAAUUUGUAAGAUAUCUGAGUGAUGACAAGAUUGUGAGAUUUAAAGAAGUGUCUCCAACUCUCAUUGGCAAUCAAAAGUCACAGCAAAAGCUAAAGGAAGAGCACAGCCAGAGCCUUUCAGACCCAAACACAUUCUAGAUAACAAGUAUC